UAAAGCUAAAUGUGUGUCUAGCAGCGCCUGAGAGAAAUUCGCGCCCUUCAGUCAACCAGCUCGCGCGGUCUCCAGGGUAACGGUGCGUUUGGCAACCACUGUAAACAACGCGUCCUGCCACACUGAGCGAACAAAACAGCUAACGUCAUGGCUUUCUGCAACACCGAGUAUUUCGACCAGAUUGGGAAUAUUCAGAAGAGCAUGCACGAACGUGAGAGGAGGAGACAUGAACUGGAAGAAAAAUUGUUUGACUACUUAAGAUCAGAGGAAAGAUUGACUAAGUUGAAGUGUGCCAAGAUGCGCUGCUAUUACAAGGAGCUGCGCGAGAGAGAGCAGCAAGCAAAGACACGCAACCUUGAGCUUCUUGGAAAUGUGGAGAACUUGGCAUCAAAAAUGAAAGAAUUCUCCAUUGAUUGUAGCAGGCUACUUCAAAAGAGGUUGGAGUACAAUAAUCAUAUUACCAGACUGAAGAAAGACCGGAAGAAAAUGGGGAGCAGGGGGGAAUCAGAGGCAGACGAGCUCCCGAGCAGGUUCCAGCUUCCCAGCAUACAGGGAUCAUCACAGAGUGCUGUCAUCUUCACGGGUCACCAUACCUCCAACAGCUCAUCAAGAAAUGAUGGCGUCACAACCACACGUUCACCAUCUCAGACAGAGCUGAUACCUAAUCACCCUUCACUCUCUCCUCUACAAAGUGGCCUUUGUAUGCACUCCCAUGUUUUAAAAGCCAGUGGCACUGUCAUUUUAUCUGAUGACAUCCUAAACUCAGGUGAUUUCCUUGAGGAGAGACAUUUGAGUGACGUGCGUGAAAAGCAGAUGGAGUCUGAUUGGGACGUCUCUCAGAGGGCAGGAGAGCGGCAUAGAUGUGAAGAACUAAACUCACCUCACACGACCCUGAAGGAAGCUGAAGUGUCCUCUCAAUCUGUGACCGCGAAGAAGCCUGCAGACAUUGUGUCAUUAGAGCGGUAUCUGAACCGCAGUCCUUCCCCAGAUACCACUGAUCCAAGAGAUUCCUCACAGUACAUGAACUCUGGAGGUGAGGAUGAGGAAGGUGACUCCACGCCAAGACAUCAAGAUCUUUCAGAUGACACUAACAACAGACAUCACGCUUUGAGAGGAGAUGUUGUAAUUCAAGAGCAAAGUGUAAUACCCUUUCAAACCGAAGGUGGCACACACAAGCAGGUCAACACACAGGAAUCUGGAAGGCUGCACUCUCUCGAAUCCCCCAACAGGCUCUCCAUGGAAGGAUUUUGUCAUCUUCUGGACAGCAUUGAGCGACGUCUCAGUGCUAAAGACGUGAACCUCUACAGAAGUACAGUCAAUGAGCAGAAACUCGAUGAUAUCAUCAGUAUAUGUGGCCAGUGUGGGCGUCUGGAUGGUGUGGAGCUGCAUUCGUGUGGUGCUGUUGUUCUGCAGCAGCUGCCCCUGUUGUCCUGCAGUCUGUCUCAUGGAUGUCUGUUACCCAGUGAUCUGAUCAACACUCACUGGUCAUCAGCUACAAAACCAGAACAGAUCAGGUCAUGUAUGUCAGCUGAAAGCGCUCUGCUGUGGGACUGCUGUUUCAGACACUUCUUUCAGCUUCAGCAACAGAAAAUCCUCAGCACUGACCACAUCAUCCAGCUCUUCACUCCACUCCUAGUGCCAUACAAUGCCACCUACACUGAGAAGGCAGGGGAGCUGUUGAAGAGGCUUCUGACCCACGAAUCUGAGACCCAUCAGCCAUCAGAAAGUGAACUGUCAUCUUCUUGCAGCUUGCCCUCUCUUCUGGAUGACAGUGUGGAAAUCAAGCCGGCGAGGCCUUCCAAAACAAAUAAGCAAACUGUUGGAACACAAGGAAUUCAAAGUGCUGAAGAGGACAGUGCCGACCAAAGCCCAGUGGAAAGUAUUCCUAUUAGAGAGACCAAAGCAUAUCAGCUGCUUAAACAGUCUGUGGCACAAGAGAGGCACUGGAGUGACUCGGAGGAGCAGAAUUCUGAGCCGUCAGAUAUU